AUGGAUGAGACCGACGAAACGGUUGGGUCCAGCCUAAGCGGCAGUGAGCAACGCCAGCUCAAGACCCGCAGACCCCACAGAAAGUCGAGAUUUGGGUGUACCAAAUGCAAGGCACGAAGGAUUAAGUGCGACGAGGCCAUGCCGCGUUGUUCUAGGUGCGAGAAGAUGAACCUCUCCUGCCAAUACCGCAAGAGGAAGGACGCUGAGGGCUGGACCGAGCCCCCGGAUUUCUCGUGGCUGGCUCAGACGCUGGAGCCCGCAGACUUUGAGCUCUUCAAGCACUACUUGGAACACACUAGCAAGCACCCCACCGUGGGUGAGCAAGACAAGUACACCCUGCAGAUCGGCAUUCCCAACUUAGCCUGCCAAAGCAAGCCGCUUAUGCGGUCUGUUUUGGCGCUCGCUGCUGUCUGCAAGUGCUGCGAUAUGAUUGACCAGCCGCUGGACGUGUAUGAUCAUGAGGCACGCCGCGAGCAGGUCGCUGAACUGUUGCGGCUGGCACACCAGUACCAUCUUGAUUCUUUGCACGAGAUCCAGGCAACCCUCCACCAGUCGACCAACUACGACCACAUCUUGGCGAAUGCCGCCAUGAUGGGCAUGUACGGUUCCGCCAGCCACUGCGCCCGGAUCUGGCUCGCUAAGACCGCGCCGUACGGCGAGCCGUGUGGGGGUGACCUUGCCCCCGGGUGUCCCCAGUGGAUGAGCCUGUUCCGCGCCGUUCGUCUGGCAUACGCAGGACUGCUCAAGAACUCACCCCAGGGGAGUCCAGUCAGCUCGCCCAACGGUCUCGCAGCACACUCUGAGUACCGUGCACCCUCGCAGACUCCGACAGAUGAUGCAGCUGGCCCAACAAUCACCAGCCAUCCUCUGGGCCCGAUCCUCGCUGCAACGGUCGGUCCAGCACUCACCCGCCUGAACGAGAAGGCGGCCGAAGUGCAGCUGCUGGCCCACACCAACGGCUCUUACACCCGUCCUCUGCAAUCCUGCUUCGAGGCACUCGACAUGCUCGGCAAAAUUGUGGCCAGCAGUUUCCCUCCACCACAAUCACCGGCCGGCUCAUGCCCGGGGACAAGACCCAGCACACCAACAACUGACCCAACCGCCAUGCUCUCGGAAAUCUCUCCCUGGCUUCGCCGUUACACAGCCAGCAUCUCUUCCAUGGUCCCUUCCCCCAUGCCCCGUCGCACCAUCAUGUCCUUCAUCCACAAAGUACCCACUAGUUUCCUCACUCUCGUCCAGGAUGUCAUCCCGUUGAUGCCGACUGACACCGAGCCGUCGGGAGGAGCGAUGGGCGCGAUGUCGGAACUCACUCUCGCGCAUCAUUUGGCCUUUGAAAUCUUCACCCACUGGUUGGUGUUGGUCAUGUUGCUAGAUAAUGUCUGGUGGAUUGGGGGCAUCGGCGCGUGGGAGCUGGGGCGUGCUGUUGCGUUGAGGAAGUCGAUGGUUGAGAUGAACUGGCAGAUGGGGUUGUCCUGGGACCGGGAGGGUGAGAAUGGGGAGUGGUGGCCGGAGAGUAUGUAUGAGGUGGGGAGGUUGCUGGAGAAGCAUCGAUGA